AUGAGGCAUCUAUCUUACUUCCCUGAGUUAUUCUGGAUUCCAAUAAUCAGUCCCUUCUUCCAUCUCUCAAUACCAGCCUAUAUUUACUUGGGCAUUCUAGGAUUCUUCGGGUAAUAUGACAAGGUAGUCAAGUUCUACACCGAAUUGGUAACAGUUUAUUAUCCAAUGACUGGUAUUGACGAAUAUCGCGUCUUAAGUUGA